AUGUCCUUCGCUAGGAAAGAAACAUGCGAGGUGGAAUGGACGGCCAGGCUGACAAAUGAAGUAAUUCUCAGCGUCGAAUCUCUCGCGUCAUUCAAGCACACGCGUAUAAACAUUGAAGGAACUCGAACAAAUAAGGGAACGCAACCAGCCUUGCAACAACAAGCAACCCAACGACCUUACAGCAACAACCACGAGACGAACAAUUACGAAAUAGAAAUUUUCAUUAGGUCAGGAAGUCGCAGUGGAGCUCAUUUCAACCUUCAACUCAGGGGAUUAACAUUCCUUAUUAAACAGGCCGUUGCGUGUCAAGGGCUUCACCCUUUGAAAGUUAGCAGUUUCCAAUUCAGGGAUAACUUCAUUAGCAAAGUACAUUGCCAGUAA